ACUGAACAAGUCUUGCAAAUCGUCAUUCCAGUGAAAUACAACGUGACGAACCGGAUAAUCAAAGAUUUACCAUGGUGACGCCUUAUUUCAUAUUAUAUUUUAUAAUAAAAUGGUUAUAUUCUCAUUGUACUCUUAAUUCAAUGUUUGUGCGGUACAUGCUUUCUGGUUUAUAUCGCUACAUGUUUGCCCUAUUUUUAUAAUUCACAUGGAAGGUGCAUGCCAGUUGAUCACGAAAAGUCUCACUCGGACUCAUGGCAUGGCGUUCGCUCUGUAAUUGCGAACCGGUGUCUUAGUAUAGCAGUUACUAACGUCAACGGAAAAUAAAACGUCACCUCUGUGUUUUCCCCACACUUGAGGGUGAAGAUAAAAAUGCAGUUAUCACUUUGUUAUUAUAGCCUAUGAUGCCCUUUGCCUUGAUUAAAAUAUGAAAUCUUGGAUUAUGUGAGGAGAUAGCACCCUGACGUCAUUUGCGUGUUUUGUCCCUGGUUCCGAUGGGGUCAAAACCCUGGUUAGGCUGGUUCCCAUAGGGUCAAAACCCAGGUUAGGGUUAAGUUUAGGGUUUGAGUUAGGUUUAGGCUAAUUGAAAAUGGGCCCAGUUACUGUUUAGUGUUCAGUUAUUACUAUUAUUUAGUGAGUAUGAAAAUAGUACUUAGCCUAGUUAUUGGCAAAACCCAUGCCGUUAACUGGAUAUUUACCAAACUAGAACUUAGACUAGGAAAAAUUAAUGUCUAGACUAUAGGCCUAGCAUUAUGCCUAGUACUAUACUAUUAGCCUAGAGUAUUACUAUUGUAUUAAUAAAUCAUUUGCUUGCCAUUAAUUUAUGAAGUGUCUACACGUCCGGCGCGCCGGACAAAUAGUGCUGGAGAUAUAGGUCUGGCGGGCAUGUCACAUGACAGCCAGACGACAAGUGGGAGAAAUUCUUCCGGUGUGUACGUGACCACCCCGCCGGACGACUAGUGGAAGAUAUUAUUUCGGCGGUAGACAUGUCAUGCAAUAAGUGGUCGCCGGCAAAAUAGUUGCGUUGUAUUUAAUAUUCCAAUAUUGUGUACAUAUAUUAGUCAGCUGAAUAUUUGAAUAUUUAACAAGUCGGCCUAUAUACUAAACUAGUAAUACUAUUACUACUACUAUUACUAGUCUAUUUGAUUCCAACUCUUCAAAGAAAAAAAAGCCCCUUAUCUUGGUUAAACAUCUUGUAAAACUCUAGCUUGAAACCUAAAUUUAAAAUAUGAACCAAAUAAAAUAAGACUAGUAGACUUCAAUAGAUCUUUGUCAAUAAAGUUGUAAUCCAGGAUUAGUAUUUAGUAUUGCAUGAGAAGUAGGGUAGGCUACUACUAUAUCGGCCUUAUAUUAAGAUGUAGCGUGUAUUUCUUUGUGAACUAUCGGCCUCCCUGCCUUAAACGUAAUUAUUGAUCACCCUCACUAUUAUUUUUUUAGCAUUCUUAUUUUUUUUAGUAAUUAUCUUUCCCUGUCAGCAUUGCUUCCUUCUAGAAUACAUUAUUGCUUAACACCCACUUUGUUUUGGUGAUAUACCCAAGUAUUUCUUUCUAUUAUUUGUUUGCAAGAUACUUAGUAAAUUACUUGGUAGAGAAAUAGAUUUUAAAAUUAACAAUAGUUUUGAAUCAUUCGCGGUCAUGUGACAAGGCUGACGAACAAAUAUCUUGAGCCUCUUUGUUACGGCGGUUAUGUGAUUUGGUCGCCGGACGAAUAUCUCGAUAAAGUAUUCUUCCGGGGGUCAUGUGACUUGGUUGUUGGACAGAUAGUGCGGGAGAUAUACGUCCCGCGCACCGGACGUGUAGACACUGCCAUUAAUUUAAUUAUCAUUUUCAUCCUAUCAUGGUUAUGCAGAGAGUGACAUACUUUUCGUCUUUGUUUAAUGAAAAUUUUAAAUAAAAAGUCAAAAGUUUCCAAAUUCAAAUGAAGUUGACAGUGAUAUACUUGACAGUGAAACUUCUGUUCAUUAUUUAGGCCUAUGCCUUUACUAUUCUGAAUGAACUGUCAAAAUAUAACAUCAUAAAAUUCAGUUAAUUUGGAAUUUGUGGCAGAUCUAUUAAUUUUGGUUGGAAUGGCUAUUUAUACCAUUAUUAGUAUAUUAGGUCUGAGUAGAAGGAAGUAGUGAGGCAGGCUAAAGCUCUACAUGGACAUGAUCUUUAACUUUAUCGCCACAGGGAUGGGAUGGAUGGAUUAUUUAUAUUAUUAUAUUAUUAUUUAGAUGCAUCCUCAUUAUUAUGUAUGCUUCUUCUACUUAUCUUCUUCAAUUAAUAUCACUCAAAUUAAUAACCUUAAUAAUUUCUGUCUCUCUCACUCAGUAAAUAUUCAUAAAAUUUCAAAUAUUACUUCAGGUUUCCCUAAAUCCAGUACAGAUUUUGCGAUAUGGCGCGGAGGAGGAAAAGUCGGAGACGGCAAGAAUGGUAUGUUUACGUUUUUCAAAGUUCUUUUCUUUCAAAUUAUGCUGUGAUGAAUAUUUUUAUUGUCAAUAUAUUUUCAAUUAUUUUCGUGUUAAAGCUAAUAAACUUUGGGCGCUUUUAAUGUUAGUUAUGUCAUAUCAUUACUACACUGUCACAACAGUGUAAUGAGCACAAAAGAUAAAACUUACUAACAUUAUUUCCUAAUCCUCUCCUCUUGCUGAACCUGGGGUUUGUAGAGGGAUUAUUUUCCUUGAGAAUUUAAAUUGCAUUUUCAUUUAGCCAAGUAAAUUUUUAUAUAUCUCACACAUGACACUAAGUUUACAUUUUGUUAUUUUUACUUGUAUGUAGGCCUUGCCCUAAUAAUAUAAAGGAACUGUAACCUGUGAGAAGAAAAUCUAGUUUUUAUUGACCUUUGGCUUAAGAUUACAGACCUGUUUACUCUUACGAUUUUGGAGUACAAUGUACGAUUUUCAGGUGUAUACAUUAUAUAUACUGCAUGUUUUUUUUUACAAUUAAGAUAAUGUAUUGAAAGAUUUUGUGAUGAUUUUGUACGAUUUUAAGAGUUUGAGGGUAAACAGGUCUGAGAUUAUUAUUAAAUUGAAUAUUAUAUAUUUUUGACAGUGGAAAGAUUUACAUUUUUUAUGCCCCUCCACAUCAAUGUGAAAGUGCAGUUACAUAAACCUUAAAACAGUGUUUUUCAACCAUGGUUCCGUGGAACCUAAGGGUUCUAAGAGGAAGCUCCUAAGGGUUCCAAGAGCGCCAGCCAGGGUUCUGUUGGUGGCCAGUAAAAAUAUCAAAAUAACAACAGAAAUUGACAGUGAUCAAGUCUGACAGCUGUAGUGUGUGGUAGUUAGUUGUUUAGUGUUAGCAUUAAUUUCCAUUAAACUUGUUUUUGCGUGACCAUGGACAGAUUAAUUAAGAACUGAAAAUUAGAUGAUGCCACAGCUGACAACCAAACUAAAACCUAGGAGCUGUCAACGGAAGCUACAGCUAAUAUUGUGUUUUCAGCUGAAUGUACCAAAAAUGGGUUUUGUCAAUCGGAAUCUUUAAGUUCAUGGGCAUAGUGACUUGUGACAAUUACUUAGUAGCUAUGGGAUUCACUUGGGCAGGAAAUUCAUUUUGCAUAGCACAAACCCUUGUGUCACUUCAAGAGACCACACUUUGGCAGAAGAUCCUGAACAAAACUCAAUUAUAGUUGAUGUAACAUCCAUGUUUAUGAAUUAUAAAUUGUUAAAUUGUUUCUUUCUUCAGUCUUCCUUUGUUGGCGCCAUAGCAAUUGGAGAUUUAGUGAAAAGCACUUUAGGACCUAAAGGAAUGGUAAAUAUAAGUUUAUGACAUCAAGUUCUGUACUGCUAAUCUUUAAAUGUCUGUGCUUGGGUAUUGAAUAAAUAUUUUAGGAGUUUGCUAGAGUUUGCUUGAAUGUAAUUGAUUUAAAGCAUGUUAUUUAAAGCAUGUAUUUUCUAUGCCAGAGAAGAUUGUAGCCUCUGAUAUUCAAUGGAAGGAUCCAAAUGAUAAAUUUAAUUAAAUAUAAAUAAAGCUCCAGUCUAGUGGUGUAUCUUCAGUGUAGUUAUGCUUGUAAUGCCACUAAAAUUCAGGCUUUUUAUAUUGUUUUUUUUUCAUGAGUAUAUUUAAUCUUAGGACAAGAUUUUACAGACAAGCUCUAAUAAUGAGACCAUUCAAGUAACAAAUGAUGGUGCAACCAUACUGAAGUCAAUUGGAGUUGAUAAUCCAGCUGCCAAAGUGCUUGUUGGUAAGUUUCUGACUUUUAGGCUCAUAAGCAUUUAGCUAGCUUUAUAGAUGGAUGAUAUUUAUACCUUAUGAGGCACAGUGAUAUUCACAAUGUUCAAAUUUUAAUAUACUGUAAUUUAGCCUGAACUAGAUUAAUUAUAAGUAGCUUUUUGCUACUAGAGUAGCAUAAUAUAUUGUUUUUUUUAAAUAUAAAAUUUAAUUUCAAGCUAUUCUUUCUUUAUUUUCCAAUAAAAAAUAUGUUAAAAUGAGAGGCAUUAUGAAUUCCAGACAUCUCUAAAGUUCAGGAUGAUGAAGUUGGAGAUGGAACAACAUCUGUUGUUGUAUUGGCUUGUGAACUACUUAAAGUAAGUUAUUAACCAUUCAAAUUCAAUUACCAUCUAGACCAGUGGUUUUAAAACUUCUUCUGAUGGGACACCUUAAAUAAAAUAGUUAACUGUUUCAGCACCCUUAUACUUGCUCUUAAUUAGUUCAGUACAUAUAUAUUUAAAAUAAAACUAGUGCAAAGAAGUGUGGUCAACUGUAGAUCCCCUGCUACUUAGCUUGCAUUGGCUUGGAUAGAGCCAUUAAAGCCAGCUGGAGUAGAAUUUUCAAUCUCCUGCAUACCAUUUGCUUACCCCCCUCAACCCCUUGCUGCCAUCAUUUUGUUUUUCUUGACACUGUAGAGCACGGUGUGCUUCAACACUGUCUCAUUGAGAGGGACACAUUGCAUUGGCACAUCUCAAAUGGCGUCUUAGGUUCAAACCUAGUUAAGCAGGUCAAGGAGGUGCAAAAGACUAAACUUCCUGAAAAUAUCUUAGAGGCGCUGCAACCUGUGAUUUUCAGUUACAGAAAGUGCAGUAGAGACUGAAAUUUCAGGAUCAAAUUAUGGAUUCUCAUGUGGAGGUGCACCCACACCUCUCAAAGACAACUGGAUACAGAAGAAUACCACUAUUAAAUGAUGCGUGCUAAUUCAAUAAGUUGAUUGAUUACUUUACGAUAGGGAAGAUAAUGCAUUCUUUAUUUGGUAAAAAACGCGUAGAAAAAAUAUCUUGUUGUAAUUAAUGAGAGUUGGUGUUCAUAAUACAAUUAGACUGAAAAUAUUAAAUAAAAAUUAAAAGAGUUAUGCAAGUGGUUAAUGUGUUAUAUUGCUUAUAAAAAUACAAACAGCUCCUAAUAAAAGUCUCACUCUUAACUGUUAACGAUUCUGCAAUUUUUGUGCUCAAAGAUAGGUCUCUGACCCUUAGUAAAUAUAUAUAACCCUGAACUUUGCUAUGUUUAGACUAACUCAUUCAGAAACUUCACCUAUGAAGACUAAAGUCCCUGAAAGGGCUUAAUUUUGUGUAAUAUUGAAAUUAAAAGACAUGAAUGAUCACCAUCGGAAUUUGAAACAUCUUUAAACUUGUGUAGCUUUUCAAAUCAGGAAAAUGCAAAAAAAAGAAAGAACAUUUUUGUUGAAAAAUCUUCUUGACAUAAGUUUAUAGUAUCUUGUGUCUUAUCAUUGUCUGUGUGUUGGGAAAUGCAUUGUAGGUUAAGAUAUACCACUCAGGCCUUCCUUUAUUAUUUGACUAGCCACAAUUGAAGCGAAUAAAUGCCACUUUAUUUGACAGGAAGCCGAAGCCUUGGUUUCACUGAAAAUUCACCCCCAGACAAUCAUAACUGGGUGGAGGAAAGCCGUGGAUGCAGCAAGGAAAGCCUUAACUGAUGCUGCUAGAGAUAAUGGGUAGGUUUUGGGAAAUGCCCCAUUGUUGGGAAUUGUUAUAGCCUGUUAUUUAGAAAUAGAAUAUUUACCAAUUUGUAUUUAGACUUAAAUUGGAAUAUUUAAAUAAAAUGGAAAGCUAAUGAAUAAGUAAUUUGAUGGCUUUACACUGCUAUUUUUGUUUUCUUUUCAGGAAAGAUGAUGUUAAAUUUCGUGAAGAUCUGAUGAACAUUGCAAAAACUACACUGAGCUCCAAAAUUCUUACCCAGCAUAAGGAUAUGUUUGCUAAAUUGGCAGUGGCAUCUGUUUUAAGACUGAAGGUACUGUUAAAUAAUGCUACUCUAAAAGUUAUCAUUAACUUAUUCUUUUGACAUAAAUUCAAAUUAUUUACUUUUUAUUUACUAUAUUGAAGCACAUAAACUUCUUUAGCUUGCCUUUCCUUUUUUUUCUUUUUUUUUUUUCUUUUCUUUGGGUUAAAAUAAUAGUUCACAGCUUAUUUCGUACUUGUGUUUUGGCUUUCUUUAGGGCAGUGGUAAUCUUGAUGCUAUUCAGUUAAUCAAGAAAUUAGGUGGAAAUCUUUCUGAUUCUUAUCUUGAUGAAGGUAUGUGUCUGAAUUUUGGUGUAUGGUCAGUGGAUAUAAUUACUUGUAGUAUGCAACUUGUAGAGAUUGAGAAAAGCAAUAAAUAAUGUGUUCAAAUAAAUUAGGAUGGUCUUUCUAAUUUUGCCAUUAGGGAGAAAAUGAAAGUGUUAACAAAAAAUGGUAUUUUUAAAAUUAAAUGUUUUGCACAAUCAUUUCAGGUUUUCUACUGGACAAGAAAGUUGGUGUCAAUCAACCCAAAAAAAUUGAAAAUGCAAAGAUUCUAAUUGCAAACACACCCAUGGACACAGAUAAAAUAAAGGUACAGUCAAUUAAAUUUUUUAAAUAUCAAAUUUUUUAUUAUCCUUUUGCAUAAUUUUUAUAACUUCAGAUCAUCACUAGUACACAGACCUGUUUACUCUUACGAUUUUGGCAUACAAUGUACAAUUUUGAGGUGUAUACAAAUUAUAUAUACUGUAUCAUUAUUUUUUACUAUUAAGGUAAUGUAUUGAAAAAUUUUGUGAUGAUAUUGUACGAUUUUAAGAGUUAAAGAAAAUAUUUUUUUUUUAAAUUCAUGUCGUCAUAUAAUUAGAAGCUUACAUUAUUUCAAAAGAAUAUUUACUUAAAUCAGGGGUGGGCAAACUUUGUGGCUGGGAUCCAGAUUGAAGAGAUACAGAUGCAUGGGGGUGAUAAAUGGUGAAAGUGGGGUUUUAAGGGAUGCGUUUUACAAGUAAAACAAAACUCUUCCGUCCACUUGGGGAAGACAUGGCCAUGUUUUCAUUACGCUUUCUUUUUUCUCCAGCCAUUUAAUAUUAUAAUAACUAUAUAACGUGUCACAAACAUUUCUGCCUCACUGAACAUUCUGAAAAACAUUAUUUCACGAGAAAAAGAAAAUGUUAAUCCCCAGAAAAUUGGGAUGUCACUAGAAAAGUAAAAAUGCCCCAUAAAGUAGGAUCAUCUGCAAUCGAAAAUUUAUAUUUAAAUUUCAUGUUCAUUUUUUCCUUCAUUUUUAUGAUUACUUUAAUUAUUUUUAUUUUUUUUAAAGUAAACACAAGCCAUUAAUAGAAGAGGCAUGAGCUGCAAUAGGCUUGCAAGCUUUAGUUUUCCGACCUCUGACUUAAAUGAUUUUUAAAAAUUAAAUUUAUUCUUGUUUUCUGUUAGGUCUUUGGUUCCAGAGUGCGUGUAGAUGCAGUUUCUAAGGUGGCUCAGCUGGAGCUUGCUGAAAAAGAAAAAAUGAAAGGCAAGGUUGAAAAGAUCCUAAAACAUGGAUGUAAUGUAUUUAUUAAUAGGUAUGAGGGAUAUGUUUUUUAAUUAAAUAAGAAAUCUCAUUUAUCUAUGCAAGAUACUUCAGAUAUAAUUAUAUUUCAGAUUGUCCAGCAUAUUUACAGGAAACUAUUUAUGUUAGAUGCUUCCAUAAACAGACAUACCUAAAUGUGAGAUGUAAACAAGUGCUUGGGUCAUUUUACUGACACUUUAUUUAACUUAUUCCCUCUAGAUGUUUAACACCCUUACUCAAUCAUUUAUUUAUUACUUCUUAUUCUAACAAUGGACAUUUACUCCAGUUUUCAAUUGAAGAUAAGUUUUACUUUUUUUUUAAAGAUCCUAAAUAAAUUAUAGACUAUAUACAACUUAUGCAUUAUGCAUGCAGAAUUGAAUGCAUUUUAAGAAUAAUAUAAAGUUAAAGGUAAAUGUUAUAAUGUGCAGCUGCCAAAGUUUUUUUUUUAAAGAUCCUAAAUAAAUUAUAGACUAUAUACAACUUAUGCAUUAUGCAUGCAGAAUUGAAUGCAUUUUAAGAAUAAUAUAAAGUUAAAGGUAAAUGUUAUAAUGUGCAGCUGCCAAAGUUUUAUUUUAAGGCGCGUUGAUGUAAAAUGAAACAUACUAGCUAUGAAUUUUAAUUGGAAAUAUAAAAACAUAUGGUUUUCUUCAUUUAAAUCACGCAGAAUAGCGCUUUGAGAGAGUCUUCGGGGGACACAUUUUGUGUCAGUGCACAUAAGAUUUCACCCUAAUGACGUAUAUAGUUGAAACUGAUGAGAAAAGUUAAGGCAUGGGAAUGAUCUGAUGAUCACUUAGUUAUUUUACAUCUACAGACAAUUGAUCUACAACUAUCCUGAACAGCUUUUUUCCGAUGCUGGGGUUAUGGCUAUUGAACAUGCAGAUUUUGAAGGAGUUGAAAGACUUGCUCUUGUCACAGGUAAACAUACAUCUGAAGGAGAAAUCAAUUGAUCUACAACUAUCCUGAACAGCUUUUUUCCGAUGCUGGGGUUAUGGCUAUUGAACAUGCAGAUUUUGAAGGAGUUGAAAGACUUGCUCUUGUCACAGGUAAACAUACAUCUGAAGGAGAAAAGUUUUGAAUUUCGUGUUGCCUAUGCCUUUUUUUCACAAGUGCUUUGGGUAGACAGUUUUGGAGUGCUAAGGGUAAAGAGGUUAGGUGACAGUGUAGGGUUUGAAGAAGUAGGGGUUAUGGUUAGGUUUUGUGGAGAGCAUAGAAGGAUGGAGGUAGUUGUAGAGGGUAAAUGGGCAAAGUGAAGUGAUGUAGCUGAUAAAAAGUUGAAAGGGGUGGGGGGGGGGAUAUGUUGUGUAGCUUGUCACACAUAGAGUUUAAAAAAAUAAAUACCAGGAUCAUAGAAUGUAUGUAUUUAAGAAAUUUAGAAUAAAUUGUCUUUGAAAAUUUUCUCUUUAUAGAACAUCUUUCUGAGUAACAAGUAGUUUAAAUUAUAAUUUUGCUGUUGAAGUAGGAGGCAAAAAUCCUAGCCAUUUUGCAUGUGGCAGACAUUGAAUGUUGUCAAGAUAUAUCACAAACUGAUAUUAGGCAACACACAUGUAAAGCAGCUAAAAUUUAUACUACUUGAUUUUUAGAAGAAAAGUAGACUGCUACUUAGUCAAAAUGAUUUUUCCUGCAUGAAAACUAACUCUUUGUCACCUUUUUAUUUUUUAAGUAAAUAUUUGCUGGAGGUCACAAGAUUAAACAUUUUAAACAUUGGGAUCUGUUGUAAUCAUUUUAUAAAAAUGUAUGCCUUCUUGGUUAAUUAUUUUUAUGAAAUCUUUAUGAAUGUAAAUAAAAAAACAGAUAGGAGAGUGGUGAAAGUAGGAGUUAUUGAGGUUGAAAAGUAUUUAAAUUGUUAAGAGAUCAACAGAAUGAAAUGUAUGCCCAUUACUGUUCGUCUAUCAACAUCUUUGAAGACCAUUUUAAUGCCAAUGAUAUUUUGAUCAUAACAGGUGGUGAAAUUGUGUCAACCUUUGACUGUCCAGAGAAAGUCAAACUUGGAACUUGUGAUCUUAUUGAAGAAAUUAUGAUUGGAGAAGACAAGCUUUUAAAGUUCUCAGGUAUGCAUAACAUCAAAGAUUGUAUGUUUUUUUACAAUAUUUUGUUCAUAAAAUUCUUGGAUUCUUGUGUAGUUUUGUAUUUCAAGAUUUUAUCCUUGUUUUAAGUACAUUAUAUUGUUAUCUUUCAAAAACUUUUUGUAUUUCAGGUGUGGCAUUAGGAGAAGCAUGUACUAUUGUGUUGCGUGGUGCCACCCAGCAAAUCCUUGAUGAAGCCGAAAGAUCUCUUCAUGAUGCGCUGUGUGUUCUGUCUCAGACUGUGAAAGAAACACGUACAGUAUUUGGAGGCGGUGAGUUAUCUUACUUUAACCAAAUUAUAUAAUGUUUCUUGUCAUCUUAAAAGUCAACUUUUCCUAAAUUUGAAGCUAAAUUAAAAUAUAUUGUUAUGGAAAUAAAGUUGCAAUUGAUUGAUUGAAUGCUAUUUUAGUAGUGUAAGAUUUUAUUAUAAAUUAAACAUUAUAUAUACUUUUUUUUUCUGUAAGGCAAAAUUAGUUGUCUAUAUUGUUUAGUUUUAAUAAAGACCUAGACUUGGAUAGUUCAUUUAUUUUAGUGGAGCUUUAAACUAAAAACAUGACCAUUCAUCAUCAUAAUUAUUGUUAUGGAUAGACUUAUAAUUAAAUAAUUUUGUCAUACAUAGGUUGUUCUGAGAUGCUUAUGGCUGAUGCUGUGAACAAAUUAGCUGCUAAGACACCAGGCAAGGAAGCUGUUGCUAUGGAGGCUUUUGCUAAAGCCCUCAGACAAGUGAGUUGUGUCAUUUCAGUCUGUGGUUAGUGCAAAUUUAUAAGUAGUUUUAUUUUUAAAAAAAUUUUAAAGCUUGUUUUUGCAGAUAAACUAAAACUGUGUUUCAUUUUCAGCUUCCAACUAUUAUUGCUGAUAAUGGUGGUUAUGAUAGUGCUGACCUGAUUGCUCAGAUGAGAGCUGCACACACCAAUGGCAAACACACCAUUGGGCUAGGUAUGUUAUUUAGAUUUUUGUUGAAUCCCAAUACAGCUGAUUUUUUUCCUCCCUGCGUCAAAACUGUUUGUACCACAUCAGCGUAUGGCCAUCAGCCUAUGGCUCACCACUUAAGUAUGAACUCACACAACUCAACUGCUAGGAAUUACUGCUGUCCUCUGGAGAACAUUGUUCUUCCUUAUUAAGAAAUCCAAAUUCUUUUAUCUUCUUUAUCUCCAAGAUUAAGAGGUCAGCAUGUCUUGACAAGCUUAUUUAAAGUAUAAUGGCAAGUGUAGAUAUUAAAACUAUUGAACAGAUUUAAUGUAAAACCUAAAUCUUAUUUUAUGAAGUUAAGCAUAUAUCCCAUACAGUCUUUAAAAUUAGUACUAGCACAUAGGUAGUUGAUACUUUCUUGGGGUGGGGAGGGGGGGUGGAACAUGAUUAUUAUGGUUAUUGGGAUUGAACUUAUGGAAAUGAACCAAUACUGUGUUCAACUUGAGAUAUUAUAAUUGAAAGUUUAUAAUAAGGAUAACCAUGUAUUUUAAAUAUUUAAAAAAAUUAAAUUUCAUUCAUUUUUAUACAUAAUAGUUUAAACAAUGACUUUUUAAGAAUUACAUUAUUUGGUUUAAAGCAUUCAAAAUUUCUUCAUAUAGUGGUACCUCGGUAUACGUCCUUAAUCCGUUCCAGGUCCUUGGACUUAUACCAAACAGAAAGUAUUCCAAACUUAUUUUUGUUUUGUAAUCGAUUUCACCCCCUUCGCAACAUUAGCCGAUUCAAGAACUUCUUUGCUUGUCAUAGUAAUCGUCGUUGUCGGCAUACGGUUUGCUGCAAACAAGUCCCGGAUACGCAUGCCACGCUCAUACUUUUCAAAAAUCUCUUUUUACCUCCAUGGUGAUCCUAACCCUUUUUUCCGUUGCUUGGCUCCUCACGUUAACUUUCUUAGAACUCGUGGUUAGUGAAUUUACUAAAAAUUUACGAGAAAAACACAAAAUCACAAAAAGUUAUUGCGCUACUAUUGCCAUACUAACACACAUGAGAGGUAAACAGGAGUAUCCUGCAGUGUUGUGACGCAUACAAAUUACCACGUGCCAUGUGUCAUUUUGACACAAACAAGUUCUAGCACGCACACUAGUCAUAUUCCAAACUCGGAUCUUGCACCAAGCAAAAAGUUUCUUGUCCAAAUAGGACGCAUACCGAGUUGGACAUAUUCCAAAGUGGAUGUAUACCGAGGUACCACUGUAUUUUAUAUUUUGUGUAAUAAUUGAAUUGGAUAAUAUUCUGUUCAACUGGCUAAAGAGUGUUAUCAAUUUUGAAGCAAACAACCAAAGACAAGUGACAAUUAUUGCAAUGCCUUGUUCUCUACUGGAUUUUCGUCACAUAUUUUUCAUUUUUUUUUCAUAAUAAAUAACCUGAAAUAGUUUCCUUUUUUUAUUUGCAUUGAGGGUAAACAUUUGAAAUAUUACCAUGAAUUCCAGACAUGGAGCGUGGUAGAAUUGCAGAUAUGUCAGAACUUGGCAUUACAGAAUCCUUCCAGGUCAAGAGACAGGUACUUGUGUCUGGAGCAGAGGCUGCUGAGAUGAUUAUAAGAGUAGAUAACAUCAUCAGAGCUGCACCUCGUCAGCGUAUGCCAGACCACAGACACCACUAAUCAUCCACUACCACUUGUGUGUGUGCUAGGGACUUGUGAAGAAUGUUUGUUUAUGAGUAAAAAAACAAAUACUGUUUGUGUGUUCUUCAACUUAAAUUUCUAAAUUAAUUUAUUGCAUUAAUGUUUUGUGUUGCUUACUUGAGUAUUAUACACUAAACAACACAGAGACUUACUAGGUACCAAGGCAGUUUUGAAAUGUAUACAACUUUAAACAAGAGAAUAGUGUGGUUGGGGGGGGGGGGGGGUAAAAAUUUUUUUAAUUUGGUUUUUUUUUUUCACUGGCUAUUAAAUAAGUUUUUUUGCUUUUUUUUUGCUGAAUCUUCAUCAUGAUUCAUCACAAUUAAUGUUUUAAUAUUAUUUUUUAGUUGGAAGUCACAUCAAUUCAAUUCAGAGUGCUAAGUUAUAUAACAUAACAUUUUCUGAAACUUCAAUAGUUUUGCUUUAUUAAUUAAAGUGCGGUUGGUAUUUAAAGGAAUUAUAAGCAGUUUUUCAAGAAAUGCUUUUUUUUAAAAGUUAAUAUUUUGAUGGGUGGCUAUUAUCUUUCUUUUGUAAGUUUGAUAUUAAAAAUUGACUAAAUCUUCACCAAAAGUCUUUUUGUUUUUUUUAAAUUGAUGUGUGUUUAUAGAAUGUUUG